AAAAUGAUUCUGAAGUUUUAAUCUGAUAAAGAACGACCUGCAUGACCUGCUUGAAAAUAAUUUCUUUCAUUCUACAAUUAAGCCUCUAUAGUCACAGAAAAAAACAAGAGAAAACACUGUAAACUGGAUAAAAUAUCAGUACUGAAGGCAAAAUGAAACUAAUCAAAAUUCAAAGAUCGGAAAUUCGGAAGCGUAAACCCAGCGAGCCAAGACAGCUUAGUCCGGAGGAGAGCUAUAGGUUAAUUGGUGAUGCUCUUCACUAUUCGGAGGAGGAGAGAGAAGAGCUAGAAUUAAAAUUGAAGAGAAGUAUCCGUUACCCAAGCCUCCCUAAAUCUCCCUUCCUAAAGAACCUUGGUCUGAUGAGACAAGAGAAGGACUCUAAGGACGAGAUUGUCACGAAACCAAACCCCCAGAAAAGAAUGACAAGGGCCGCACUUAAGAAGGUGACGGAAUGACCGUGAUGACCUUGUCUGAACCUGGUCUUGAGGAUACACAAGUAUUCUUUACUUAUUCAUCAGCAGACAAAAUGGUUCCUGUAUCCUUCCCAUACUACCAGGAUA